GAAGAAUUUGAGCACACUUCCUUGAAAAAUAGGAUAGUUUCACCGUUACCUGAGCAAAAGCUAUCUUUACCAUCUCGGAAUGGACUCAGGGACAGUGGUCGACGUUCAUGAUGGAGAGAACGAUGAAGAGGAAGACGAAGAUGAGAGUAAAAAGAAAGAGGAAGAGGUGCACUACGAGUGGGAGUCAGAGCUGGAAGAAUACGACGAGCCCGACGUGUACCCCUCAGAAAAGGAUUACAAGUGGGUGGAGGAGGUUGUCGAAGUAUUGGAAGAUGAAGCCAAGUCGGAGAAGGAAGAGGCCGAGCACAAAGAGGACGCCCAGAAAGAAGAAGGAGACGAAAAAAAUAAAGAAAAGAAAGACGUACAGAUUGAGGAGGAAAAGGAGGGCGAAAAACCCGGAGAAGAGAAAGUGAAAGAGGGAGAGGAAAAGAAGGAGGAAGGAGGGGAAGAAGAAGAUGAUGAACACGAUGAUGUCUUUGUUCAGAGCGCGCCAGAGGAUGAGCAAGCCGAAGAUGAAGAAGUUAAAGGACCUCCCAAAAAGAAAUUCAAAACAGUAUUGGUUAGAAAACUCAUAGAAAGACCUCCAAAAAUCCACUACGAGCCAAGCGAGGAAAGAAAAGAAGAAUGUACUGACGAUCCAUUCUUUUAUCGAAUCAAACCUUUUGACAUGAUUUAUUCCUUCGGUUACGAUUGCCAACGCAUGGCUAAUUUGCACGUUUUAGACGAAGAAACUCUCAUGUUCAUGUCGGGAUUUGUCCUUACAUUCUUUAAUCACGAGACGAAACAAAAGACACAUCUUCGUUGUCUUGGGGGCUCUAGCUUCGGGGCUCUUGCUGUACACCCUAGCAGGAAAUUAUUUGCAGCCGCGGAGAAGGGAACAUCCCCAGCGAUCGGCAUUUGGUCCUGGCCAAAGCUUCAGCUUUUCCGGAAACUCCAAGGCGGAACGGGAACAGUGUACGCUUCCGUCAACUUCAGCCCUGAUGGGAUACUUCUGGCUUCGCAAGGUGGCGAACCAGAUUAUUUAAUUACCGUCUGGAACUGGUUGCGGGAGACUCCCAUACUAAGAGUGAAAUCCCACGCACAAGACGUGUACAGAGUUACGUUCUCCAAGGAGCUUGCCGGAAAUCUGACAACAUCAGGUCUGUGUCAUAUCAAAUUCUGGAAGAUGGCGCACACAUUCACAGGUCUCAAAUUGAAAGGGGAUAUUGGUCGCUUCGGAAAGACAGAGCUGUCGGAUAUCGAAGGGUACGUUGAGAUGCCCGAUGGCAAAGUUGUAAGCGGCAGCGAAUGGGGAAAUCUUCUGGUCUGGGAGAACGGUCUCAUAAUCGCUGAAAUUUGUUCUAGGGUUGACUACCCGUGCCACCUAGGUAUCGUCCGUCAGAUUGUUCUUAACGACGGAGAAUUUCUGACCACGGGGCAGGAUGGAUGGGUAAGGACGUGGAACUUCGACGCCAUAGACACAGCUGAGAUUCACACAACUGAGGAAAGUCUUAAAGUUCCUUUGAAGGUCGUGGCCGAAGUUCAGGUACAUGAAAACUCAGACUUGUGGUACCUUGUAAAAAAUGACUCUAGCGGUCACAAGACUCCUUACAGCUUCUGGUUUGCCCAAGACGGAAAAGGAUUCAUUUGGAAAGUUGACCUUUCAUUCCUUUUCACAGCAAAAGAGCCAAGCUUGGUGAUGACGGCACAUGGCGGAGCUAUUGUCGGUUGUCGACUCUCUGCAUUAACGUGUCUAAUGGCAACAUUGGGAGAGGACGGACAGAUUAGAGUGUACAACUAUAUUACCCAAGAACUCGUAGCGUCUCGGACUUUCAAUGCUCCCGGUACCUGCCUAUUAUGGCCUUCUUUCGAGUUUGACUCCAGCUGCGCCACAUUAAUAGCAGGUUUCGCAGAUGGCGUUUUAAGAAUAUUGUCUCUCUCUGGAAAACCUUCUGACACUGAUCUCCCGAUGUCAAUAAAUUUGGAGGUUGUAUCAAAGCCUCAUUCUCGAAAUAUCACUGGCAUGGCUUUGGACAAACGAGAAGAGUUCCUGGUGACAGGAGGGGUGGACGGUACCAUUUUCUUUUUCAACGCUCGGGAGCGUUUUGAGCCAAUGACAUUCAUCAGCAUGCCAGAGUAUCUGCCAGUUCACGACGUCCAGUGGGUGAACAUAAAUUCUUUUGAUGACGAAAGAAAAAAAGUCUUGGUGGUUCUAGAGGGUGCUGUGAUCCAAGAGGUUCUUGCGCCUAAGUUAGAAGAGAUUGACAAUACAACUUCGUACUUCUUUGCUGAAGAAAAAUUAUUACGAAGAUUUGAUUUCAAAAGCGUGAAGUCAAAGCUUAGGCAUGACGAACAGUUGAAGAAAGAACAGCGUGAAGAAGAAGAAAGGCAAAAAGUAAUCGAAGAAGAAAACAGGAGGAAGGUUGAAGAUGGCGAAGAAACACAGGAAGAACAGGAUCUCCGUUUGCUGGCGGAGGCGGAAGCAAACGAAGUUGAAACGAAACGCAUUGCAGAGGAGAGGAAAAAAUGGCGACCGUACAUUCCUCCAGAACCAAGUCCAAUCUUAAUUUUGCAGCAAUCGCCUAUUCAUGAAAAUACGUUGAUAUUAUCUCUUGGCAAGUAUGACACUGGUUACCUUUAUGUCGUUCAUUUGCAGGACAAGGAGGAGAAGGAAGCUAAUGGAGCUCAAGCGGGGGAACCAGUUCUCGCAAUUCCAAUCAUAGAGUCCAAUGAUGUCCCUGUGACGACCAUAACGUUGUCUCAGGAGGGGGAUCAAAUGUUCAUGGGAUUUGAAGACGGCAGAGUCCGUCUGCAGCAGCUUAUUUUUCCUUAUGAACUAGAAAACCCCGGGCCUCAUUGGACAGAGGGAAUCCACGACUGCGUCAGAGGCAGUGUCACGGCACUAGCCCUAGAUAAAGACGAUGCCUUUUUUGUGACUUGUGGCAGAGAUGGCAACUGUUUUCUUUUUUCCCUCCUAAGCAAAGAGGACCAAGAUGAGCUCAGACAGAAAUUUAAACUUCCCGAUUUUGCUGUGAAAGAACAGAAUAGAGAAGUUCGUGAUGUUAUAGACCGUGAUGCCCUCACCCUGGAAACGCUGAAAAAUGUCGCAAAAGAAAUGGCUCUAAUGGCACAGGCAAAGAAGAACAAAGCUGCUAAAAGAGAAGAAAUUGCUCGCUUGCGCCUUUGGUAUGGGGAACUUGUCAAAAGAAACAACGAGCUACCUGAAGAUGUACGUUUGUCACGAGUUGAAUUGACAAUCACUAACGAUGGACAGAUCCUGAAAGAAAAAGAGUUUAAAGAAGCUCGGGAGGAAAUUACUAAAGUCAUGGCAUGGGAAUGUGAAAAGUGUUCUGUCAGCUUGAAUAAGCUGAAAAACCAUUUCAAAGAUGUUGUUCACUGCAAUCUGUUUGUGCUUAAAGCAUUUAACUCUGACAUUGAAUUGAGUUCUUUUCGAAUUCCCGAAUUUCCGGAUUUUUUUGAAGAUGCCAAAGACAAAGUUUUGAAUCAGAGAACUCCAAAACCGAUAGAUUCAGAGGUCAUGGACGACGAAGGGUCGCCUCGUGGGAGCAGUAAUCUAGACAUGGAGCCUUGUCCUGUUCGAAAGAAAGGCAUGGACAAGUUUGUUUACAAAAAAAUGGUGAGGCUCUGGGAGAGAAGACAGAAAAAAGUCCACCGGCAGAUGGAAUGGAAUGACUUUCUCAAAACUGAACCGACGGACGACGACCUUAGAGAAGAAGAAUAUGCCAUCAACGAUGCAAGGCUUAACAUGGGAGAUAUGAAACUGAAAACGGCAGCUGACUAUAAGGUACCUCCUGAGAAAAAGCUGACCACUCACCGAGCUCGCAAAAAAUUGGUUUUGUUAGAAGAGACAAUGUUCAACAUGCACAAUGAUUUCAAUAAUGAAAUGAAAAAUCUCAGGCAGCAGAAAAUUUGCCAUCUGGCCCAAAUAGAGAAAUUCAAACAGCUUCUAUUUAAAAGUCAGAAAGAUCUUCCUGAGGACGAGAUAAAACGCCUUUCGUACAUUAGGCCUCUCAGUCCAGAAGAAGAUCCAGACACGUCAUUCAGUUACACGAAACAUGACGUCAUCGCUUAUAAACAGACUCUAGAUAUGGAAGCAGAAGUGAAAAAGGUCCCAUCGCUCUCGGCUCAAAAAAAGCCAACAGUUCCUCCGCCUCAAAAGAAAAGGCCUAUGACAAGAAGGAAGUCAAGUGUGGGCCUUACUCCUGUCUUGAAAAUGGAGCCAAGACAUGUAGUAGCAAGAGAAGAAAGAGACAUUGGGAGCUAUGUGGAGAAAAUAAGUUGUAAACCCUCCCCUCUGGAAGUGCAAAUAGUAUCUGCCAAGCUCACUACUGCACGUUUCAACCAAGACUAUUACAUUGAGCUGAUAGAAAAAGAAAAGUUCGCCUUCGACGCGAAACUGAAACUGUUGCGACACAAGAAAGUGAAGUUGGAUUAUCUUCUCAAAGUCGCCGACGCUCGGAUGGUUCUCCUAACAAACGAGUUCAUUCUUGCUCGAAACAACGAAGCGAUGGAGAAGUAUAUAGAGAAAUGUAUGCUUAAGGCCAGCAAAGAGAAGAAAGAAUGUUUACUAGAGCUCAAGGUCCUCAACAAAAAACUAGAUAUGAUAAAAAAGAACCUGGAUUCUAUCACAAAGCAAAGAGCAUCUCUCCUGAACGAAGUUCUGAAUAUAGCGACAAAGGCUCCAUCCUUCGAGAAGUACCUUAUCCGAGUAUUUAAGAAAAAAAUAUCCAAGAAGAAAGAAAAAGCUGAGGGGUCCUCUGAUUCGGAUGACGAUUCGGACGAUUCAGAGGACAGUGAUGAUGACAGCGAUUUAAUCAUGGACGAAGAUGACGAGGACGACGACGGCCUGGAUGUAGACCUCCCCCCGUCCGAGUUGAGUAAGGAGAUCUACGACUCUGUCAUAGAGGUGAGGACUCGUAGAGUGAACGUCGACGAGCUGGAAGAGGCUGCCAAAGCUGUCUACGACGAGACGAACGCCGCAAUAAACAGUCUGAAGAAUCGAAUUGCCAGCGCCGACGUGGAGUUUGAUAGCUCUCGUAAGAAGCUGGACAAAUUCGUGAAAGAAAUGCAAGAAAAGCAGAACGGUAUAGACGUGGCCAUUUCUGUGAAGAAGCAUCAGAUCUAUUACAUGGCCGCUGACAUGGAGGAGGCGCUGAUCACAGAGAACUCAGCUAUCAACAGACUCAAGAGCCGGAUCCCGGAACUGGAGACUGAGAAAAAGCAGCAGAAGGCAAAAGUGCAGGCGACGAAGAGGACGUUCUCCCAGCUCCAUCGCAACAAACUGAAAUUCCUGGACAGGCUAGAAGAAAUGGAUAAAACCUGCGAUGAAGAAAUGAUGAAGAAAUUUGGAGCUAUUAGACCCAUCGACGUGUUAGAAAACUUCCAAAUCGACCCCGAAGUUACUGACUUGAAGAACGUUCUAACUGUUAAUCAGACAAAGGAUCUACGAGAGCUCUGUGAUCUACGCCUAGAGGAGAGGCACCUGAGGGAUACCGAUCUGCGGCAAACCAUACGACAGAACGAGAAGCUGCACACAAAGGCCAAGAUGCUCUCAGAUGUGUUCGAAAUGCAGAAACACAUGGAGGCUUACAUGAAUGUUUGCCCGAAAGAAGUGGAUAAUCUGCCCAUCAAGAACGAAUUACGAAGCUUGAGGAGACUUGUUUUGGAUCAAUGGCGUUCGAUCCACGCUCUAAACCUGGAGGUUGCGCAACUAACGAGCAGACCAAAGCAACCACUGCCUGCGAUCCAAAAGAAGAAUCCACCCAAGCUAUAGGGAUAGCUACAACAAUAAACUACUCGUCCCACGAGUGAGCAAUAUCGUCCAGAUUGGCAAGCAUUGGACUAAAGAUAGAUGACGACGUUGAUGAUGAUGCAUGUGCACUGUAUAUUAUUUAUUUAUUCAUUUAUUUAUUUAUCAAUUUACUUAUUUAUUUAUACAGGUAUUGGCGAUAUCCUGCAAUUUUGGUUUCGUAUCAACCUGCCGUAACUGGCAAUUUUAUUUUCGUGGAGUAGGGAUGGAAGUGGGUGAGUUAAUUUAUACCCGUUUAGAAGUUUUUUCAAAUUAAUGAUGAUCGCACGUUGUCGCUUCUUUACCAGAACAGGCAGCACUGGCCCUCUCGCGGUUCAAAUGAGCUUCCAUUGUCAUCAAGUUUAAGAUUAUUUUGCUUUGCAUUGUCGACCUUUAGAAAAAUAUCUUGGAUAUCAGUUUCUUGGGUCAAUUAAAUAAGGAUUUAUUAAGUAAAAAUUGUUGCAAAAAUAUGAAAAGAUGGGUAAGUUUUCUGGACGCUAAGGGAUUUUAAUUAAUUCAUUUAUUUAAUUGUGCAGUGUUGGGGGCUUGGCAUGGUACUGUUUGUAUUUUUUACACCCCGAAAGAUAUGACAUUGGCAUCAAUUAGAAUCUUGAAUUUGAAAAAUGAAUAAUAGAAUAAAUCUUAAAUGCUGCACGAGAUUUCGAUCAAAACGACAGUUCCAUAAGCACAUGUGUACUGUCGUCAAUUAAUUGAUGUGUGCUUUUAAAGGAGAAUGAAUAAAGUAUAAUGU